AUGCUUUGGAGUUAUUCCAAAGCCGUUACAACAUCGCCUGGACAUCCCUCAAACCAAGCAGCCAUACAGCAAUCAUACAACCCGGUACCACCAUCCGAACACUUGCAACAUGUAGUUGACGUGGACGAUGGUUCCAAUGUUAUUGUCGCAGAAACAGUCAUAACAGUCAAGAAUAAUGGCAACAAACGAUACUCCUGUGUCGAGUUUGUCAGUGCGUCAAGAGAGGCGUUCAUCGAACUGGAUCUUCAUUGGACAUUCUUAGUUCUUGUAUCUGGCGUAUUUACGCUAUGUUUGGUUGGAUUUGUCAUUUAUCAUACAAACCUGAUAUGUCAUAAUCAAACUACGUUGGAGAGUAUGCAAGUGAAGAACUAUAAAGUGAAAGACGAUGGAGAAGUGACGACGAGUAAAUAUUUGAACUUGUUUGACGUUGGUAUGAAGAACAACUGGGUACAGGUCAUGGGACCUCAAUGGUAUUUUUGGUUUGUUCCUGUAUAUAAUUCAUACGGUGAUGGCAAAACAUGGCCUCUCAAUUCACAUCAUUACAGCACAUUACGUGAUUCAAUUGAUGAACCUCUACCUCUUACUCGAGCAUAA